GCGGACAUACCGAUCGACUCUCUGGACGCAAAAAAUGGACACCAGACGCCGACUGUCCGAACAUUUCCGGUCCCAGUACCGGGAGGAACUGUUACAGGACUUUCCACACGAUGACUCACUGUCCCUUUCCACUCAACUGCUCGCCAAGAGGAGGCUCGGGAUGGAUAUAAACCAAGCCCUCGACUCCCAGAGACAGGAAUUCAACGUUAAGAUGGAAAGAAUGCGUCUGUGGAAGCAGAACUUUACCAAGCGUUGUGACCAGAUGAAGGAGCAGAUUCUCAAAUUCGACAACUUCGUUCAGGAGAACGAGCGGAAGCGUGCUCGGGCCCUGUGGCGGGCGGAGACGGAGGGUCGCCUGCGAGUGCAGCGGCGGAUCGAGACCGAGCAGCUGCGGGCCCGACUCAGGGAGCUGCGUGCAUACCGGGACAUGCUCCGUCGCUCGCUCGCUGCCAAUGCCCGCUUCCCCGAAUUCGUUCAGCUCUUGUUGCGCCCCGGCGGCAUGUUCCGGGAGCUGUCCGAGGUGCCGGUCCGGUACAGGGCGCUGGUCUCCACCCGCGAGGCGCUGCUGCGGCUGGUGCAGGAAGGCCACGAGGAGCGUGAGCGCCGCAAGGCGAGGCUAAACCGCUACCUGGAGGAGACGAGCGACGAGCGACUGCAGCUCAGCAACCGGCUGGCCGACCUGCAGGCCCAACUUGAGGCGGCGCGGAGCCUCAGCCUCCGCUGGGAUGCGGCCUGGACACACAUUCAGAACACCGCGGCGAGGCAGACGCUAGUACUGGGCACGGUGAAGAUGGCGACGCUGAACCUGUACCAGUUGGUGGCCGGAUCACUGGGGGAGACUCCCUCACUCCCCUCCACCGACACUCUCUUGCAACUCCAGAAGGUCGAGGAAUUUAUCCACCACCUAAAGUCAGUGUGGGAGGAUCUGAUGUCGGAGCCCCACCUCUCCUACCGAGUUCAGAAUCGCCUGAUGAAGUGA